UUCAUCAAUAUCAUUGUUUAAAAAAAAACGUGCACAUUUCCACCGAUUUAGGUUUGAAUGAAAUUUAAAUUAUACCAGCAAACAAUUAAAAAUGACUGAUUUUGCGAAAGCUCAACUUUUAAAAUAUGGCUGGACAGAAGGUAAAGGCUUGGGUAAAAAUGAAAGCGGUAUUACGGAAGCGUUAAGACCAAAACUAAAAUUUGAUUCAGCCGGAAUAGGACAUAAGGAUAAAGAUUGGAAUGAAUGGUGGGCAACUGGUUAUAAUAAUGCAACUAAUAAUAUUGUGGUUAAGUCGCAAUUACAUGGUGUAUCCAUAUGUGUUUCAAAAGAAAGUAAAAAUGAAUCUUAUGAAAAAAAUUUGACUGAAAAGAAAUUGAGCUAUGGAAAUUUUCUUAAAACUUCUACGCUUCUUGAUGGCAACUUAGUACAAGAAAAUGAUAGUAAUGUACUUGAAGUAAAAGAACCUGAGAAGGAUGUUAUGCACAUUCCUUUAACAGAUGAAGAGUUAUUUAAAAUAUGUGGUGGUAGAACUGCUCAUAAAGGAGCUAGACAUGGCUUAAAAUUAAAUGGUAAACUAAGAAGGAUUGAGGAACAAGAGAAAGAUUUUUUACAAACACAUAACAAAUCAGAGAAAGAUAAGUAUGACAGAGAUGAGGAAAAUUUACUUGUUUCUCUUUCCUUUUUUAAAGAAGAAAGUGCUCCAAAGGUAUCCAAAGAUACAAAGAGAAAAAAUAAAAGAAAAAUAAAUGAUUUGACUCAUCAAUUAAAUAUUUUAUGCAAUGUAAAUGAUAGUGAUGAAAGUUAUCAACAAAGUACUAUUAAUCACAAACCUAAUGAAGAAUCAAAACCAAAAAAGAAACGAAAGAAUAAGGAAAAAAAGAGUUCAAUAUCCUGUGAUGUUAAAAGAAUUAAAAAGGAGGAGGAAAAUAAGGAAAUUCACGAUACUUCAUUUUCUGUAAGACAAAAAUUAGAUACUGACAAAGCUAAGGACAGGAUUGGAGAACAAAUAAAUGACUAUGAAGGGAAAGUAUAUGACAAUGAUCCUACACACAAAAAGAAGAAGAAAAAGAAAAGAAAUAAAGAAUAUCGAAAGAAUAUUCUUAAUAUACAGGAAGAGGGAGAAUGUACGUCCCAAACUAAGAGGGAAAAUAUUAAUAUAUUACACCCUACUUCUAAUAACACAUCUGUAAACUGUGGUCAUAUUAUAAAUUCAUAUGUUCGUCCAGAUUCCCCAGAUACACACUGGAAAAGAGAGGCAAACCGGUUAAAUUCCAAAAUAAUGAAGAAAAAGAAGGCAAAGUUUUUUAAAAAGCAAAAGAUUAAAUUAGAAAAAAUAACAGAAAGUCUGGAGGCUGUUCAUGUUAGUGCUAAAGACUCUUCUGAAAAGAAUACUAAGUUUCCUUAA